AUGAAGGAGGCUACCACAGCGCGAGAAAACGGAACGUUCAAAGACGACACACCCGUCGGGAAGGCGGCGGCGUCGCCGAUGCUCAAAGAGGCGAAACGCAAGUCACUACCUGAGGAGAGUGACGAUGAAGGAGAUGGAGAAGCGGCGUCGCUGCUACCGCAGACGCAGACGCGGGAGCAGGAGGACUCUGAAGGGGGGUCGCCGCAUGUGGCGAAGCGGCUGGGGACGGAGCUGUCGAUAUCUGUCACGGAGGUGCUUGCGCUCGACCUCCUCGAUGACCACCGAUUCCCUGCGAGCCUUGCCGACGAUCUUGGCGGGGACGUGGUGUUACGCGCCGGCGAGUCGAACGAGCGCACAGAGCGCGGCGAGGCGGUUCGCGUGGACGAGCGAACGCGCGCGAGAGCGGAGUACGGCAAGGCGGAGGAGGAUCCGGCGCUCAGGGAACUCCAUCCCAGUCAGCUUCACUAUGCCGCCCUCGCCGACCGUCUCUGCCAAGGAUUCACCCCGCGCUCCGACCUCGGCGCAUUUGUCAUUCAACAAACCUCAGACACGCUCGCCUCCGCUGAAGAUACACCCUCCUCCGUGACGCUGCCAGCGAACACGUCCCUUGACAAGGUCUGUGUCCUGCUGAAGGAGAUUCUUGACGAAUUCAAGAAGCGCCCCAAGCGGCAGAAGAGGGAUUGGAACGGAACGGAACAUACUAGAGAUUCAUGGGGUGCGCAGACUCGUAUCGAACCAUCACUAGCAGCAGGAGAUAAAGAACUGCCGGAUAUACACGACAAUGUGAAGUACGUCCCGCAUUUCACUCGGUCGCAUUCAGAUAUGCUGAACGUCCUGAACAAGACGGUGGAGAAGUACAGCGACGAGCUCGUCGACCAGUGGAACAAGGAGAUCGACGGUCUCUUGACCUUUGACGGUCUGUUCUCCGCCGCUCUCACCGCAUUCAACACCAUUGCCUUCGCAAUGCUCCAGCCUCAAUCAAGCGAUCAAACCAACGCGAUCUUGACUCAGGUCUCUGCCCAGCUGAAAGCUUUGCGCUCAAUCCCUCUUCGUCAACUCACCGCCUUGGCGUUCCAGGAUAUCUCUCACUUCAGCUUGUCGUCGGCGACGAUCGGGAUCAUGGUGAAGCAAUGGCUCAAAGAGUACAACACCGGGCUGUACGGGUUCUCCGCACCAAUCACACGACGUCGCAUCUACCGGCUCUCGAACCUCAAAAGGCGCACAUCCCUUCAUCAUCUCGCUGUGCCUCUCUUCUGA